CCCGAGCCGAGCGAAACUCGAACGGACGGCGGCCGCGCAUGCGUCGGAAGUGCGGAGACGCCACCUCGCGGGGGCCAGUCCGAUCGCAGAAGUGAUCCCGAGGUGUUCACCGAGAGUUGGCGGUCGUCCUCCGGUUUUCACGCGAUAAAUUCUCGUCGUCCGCUCCUCGACUCAGGCGAUCUCCCACGGUUAUUGCUGCUCCGCGAGACAGACGCAAUACCGAUGGCGGGGCACUGAGAUCAUUGAGAGGUGACUGGAAGAUCUAGUCGCGCUCCAUCCGAAAUCACCAUCGAGGUAUACAGCCAGGUCACACACGAGGAUCAUGAAAAUGGUGCUGUCUCAACGUCAGAGGGAGGAGUUAAAUAAGGCGAUCGCGGAUUACCUUAGCACGAACGGCUACCAAGAUGCACUGGAGGCAUUCAAGAAAGAAGCCGAUAUGCCGGGAGAGGUGGAGAGGAAGUACGGUGGCCUCCUGGAGAAGAAGUGGACUUCGGUCAUACGGUUGCAGAAGAAGGUAAUGGAACUGGAGUCUAAACUCUCCGAGGCGGAGAAGGAGUUCAUCGAGGGCGCGCCGACGCGCGGCAAGAGAUCGCCGUCCGAGUGGAUACCGAGGCCGCCGGAAAAGUUCAGUCUGUCCGGACACAGAGCCCCUAUCAAUAGAGUUAUUUUCCACCCGGUUUUUAGUCUUGUAGUAUCCGCCAGCGAAGAUGCUACCAUUAAGGUAUGGGACUUUGAAAGCGGCGACUUCGAGAGAACGCUCAAGGGCCACACCGACAGCGUGCAGGACAUCGCGUUCGACGCCUCGGGCAAGCUGCUCGCCUCCUGCAGCGCGGACAUGUCCAUCAAGCUGUGGGAUUUCCACCAGUCGUUCGCUUGCGUCAAGACCAUGCACGGCCACGACCACAACGUCAACUCGGUCGCGUUUAUGCCGCAGGGUGACUUCGUGGUGAGCGCCUCCAGGGAUAAGACCAUCAAGAUCUGGGAAGUGGCGACGGGCUACUGCGUGAAGACGCUCACGGGGCACAGGGAGUGGGUGAGAAUGGCGCGAAUCAGCCCGUGCGGCGAGCUCAUCGCCAGCUGCUCGAACGAUCAGACCGUUCGGGUGUGGCACGUCGCGACGAAGGAGACGAAGGUCGAGUUCAGGGAACACGAGCACGUGGUGGAGUGCAUCGCAUGGGCGCCGGAAAACGCGAGGGCGUCGAUCAACGCGGCGGCCGGGGCGGACAACAAGGGCGCGCACGAAGGGCCCUUCCUCGCGUCCGGCUCGCGGGACAAGAUGAUCCGCGUGUGGGACGUCGGCGCCGGGGUGUGCCUCUUCACCCUCAUCGGCCACGACAACUGGGUGCGAUGCAUCGUCUUCCAUCCUGGCGGCAAGUUUAUCGUCAGCGCGUCCGACGAUAAGACGCUGCGAGUCUGGGACACGCGCAAUAAGCGAGUGAUGAAGACCCUCGAGGCGCACCUUCACUUCUGCACUUCUGUCGAUUUCCACAAGAACCAUCCUUACGUGGUCACCGGGAGCGUCGAUCAAACGGUGAAGAUUUGGGAGUGCCGCUAGUCACCGAAUUUUAGAUUUUCCGUCAGACGUCGUGUGCGCAAGCGAACGGAAGUAUAAAAACGAGAGAAAAGACGAACGCGCAUCCAUUUUCAUGGAAUCGGCCGAAAGAGUAAGCUGCUAUACAAAAAAAAAGCUAUCGUACAUAUGCUAUUAAUAUUAAUAUUAUUAUUAUUAUACAUAAACACACAUAAAACACGUAUGGUUAAGAGCUCUUUAAUUAAUUUAUAAAAAUAAAGUAUAAUUAGUAAUUAUAUUAUAUAAAAUACAUCGUUUUACGGCAAUGAACUGCACUAUUCGAGGAGAGUGAGAAUCGAGAAACGGUCACGAGAGGAUCAAACGAUCGAGAGGACGCUCCCACGAGUUCUCAUUUUACGGAUCACCUGCGGGACGUGGGGUCACUAAUGCCAUAUACAAUUACAAGAGUUAUAUUCCUUUUAGGCAGUUGUGCAAUUGUAGUAGGCAUUAUUCUGUACAUAUAUAACCGUGUGUCUUUACUCGCAGCGCGAAAUUCGACGUUCGUUGAUGAGUAAUAAACUCGCGCCUUUGAUUUUGCUCUUACUCUCUUACGCCUGCUUAUGCAAUGUAUCCGUUAAAGUAUUAGUUACCAGCUGGUCGUACAGUACACACGUACAAUACACGUGCGCGCGCGCGCGCGCAAAGAGAGAAGAAGAUCGUCCUCCUCGAUUAUGACCUUGCGUAUAAGAAAUGCGUCGAAUCUCUUUUUAACUUUCUGUCGGCAGUAGCGAAAAUUUCGGCUGUGGCGUCACCUCCGCGCAACUACGAUGAUAACUAAUUCGUUGUCACUUAUAUAUCCACGCGCUCUCCUCGAGAGUUCUUGAGAGAACGGAAGAUGUUGCUCCUUCUAUACUCGUAUAUAUAUAAAUAUAUAUAAGCAUAUAUACACGCAGUAUACACACACACACACACACACACACAUACACACACACAUGUAUAGACGCGCAGUGUCUUUGUACUAUACAAAGUAUCAAGUGUUAAUGAUCGUCUAAUAUCGGCUCACGUGUGUCCUGAGUUGUUAUCACAUUUGCCGCAUUAAUAAACAUCUGUUUUUUUAGGGGGGGAACACUUAACGUAACGUCGCAAGUAAUGUAAAUCGAAAAUGGCAUAAACAAAACGUAGUAACGCAAAGACUGCCUCAAUCGCAAACGAAUAUUGUUACACGUCUGCGUGCGUAGAUCGGAUUCUCUCGAAACGGCGUGUCCCUCUCGGAAUUUCAUUGGAUUUACAUACGUUUAUGUAUAAUCGAAUCUCACGGAGAUCAAAAGAUGUCAACCGAAAUUGAUCCGUGGAUUAACGUGUAAUGUGCGGCGCUUGAAAUAUUUUAUUUAUUUCUGAGUAAGGCAUCGAUUGAGAAUCAGGGAGUCGCUGGACGGGAUUUAACGAACGCCCGGAAUUUGUGGAACGAUAGAGAAGAUGACGGUUUUGCUCGCCACUCGCUUGAUCGUUACAACGCCACGGCGUUCCACCAUGCAUUACUAAUAACCGAUGUUACAAACAAUGGACAGCCGAAUCGGGAGAAUGCGACGACUGAGAUUUGAGCGUCCGAGCCGAUGGGAGAGGAGACUCGUGAGGCGUAACGCGUGAAAGUUUUUAGAUGCGCGUAGUUCAUUGCGUGGGUUCCAAGAGAGAGAGAGAGAGAGAGAGAGAAGGUGGUACUAGUUGUAUCUCUUAGUUCUAACUAGUAUUAGCGAUAGCGCAGACAUUACGUAGCAAUAGAAGGAAGAUAAGGGAAUAAACCUCGGAGGGAGAGAACACGAAGUUAACAUUGAUCGAAACACACACACAUACACACAAAUAUAUACACAUACAUAUACAUACAGGCGUAUACACGAGGCAAAAGCGUCCGAUGUUUCAGGCAUUCGUUGAGAGAAAAAGGAAACAUUCGCACCACAUGUCUGAAAUGUGUAAUCCGCAAGAAAGAGAAAAUCAGUAAUCGAUAAAAGCCGCUUAAUUAAGGACGAUUUUUUUUCCAACACGGUAGACUUAAUUAACCGACUGCUACCUUCUCCUAUUGUUUAUUCAGCCGAGACAACAGGUCCACCACCCCCCUUAUUCCGAAGAAGAGACAAACCCUCUCAAUUAAAUGUGGUACUAAAUUAUUUUGGUGAAUAAUAAACAGAGUUGUCACUGAGU